AUGAUGUUGAGUAUCAAAGAUGAUGGAAGUCUUUAUUCCGCGUGCUCCUCGAGUUCUUCGUCACCGGUAUCUUCUGAAAAUAAUCAGCGAUCAUCUGUGUCGCUCGAUGCACCGGAGAUUUGUUCCGGUUGGCGGCACUGGACGAGACGUUAUCUAUCUAAAAUAAAUGAUCUAGUUUUGGAGGUACCAAUGGGUAACACAGAAGGGAUAACUAUCCAGGGUUCCUUUAUGGGAAGCAACGAGCAGGCGCUUGGAUGUGUAGAAUACAUAAUUUCGAGGAUAGACGUGUUGAGGAACUUAAGUAUUAAGUUUUGUGGGUCAUCUGUCAGCAUGUUGAAUGUUGUGUUGGACUACUUACUUCAAUGCGUUUCAGACAAAGUACAUUUGGAAACCGUAACGAUUAGUGGUCGUCGUGGUGGUCUUAGAACCGAUCGACUAAGUCUUCUGAUGGCAAAGUGUGCCAAUACUUUGAAAAUAGCUGGCUUCAUUGGUGUUUCAGAGCUUGAAGGCGCUCUCAGUAGUAGGGCGAGGUUUAACUUGGAAAAACUGUCGCUAACGAAUCAUGAUUUACUGAACGAAAUGGAAGGUAUCAAUGGUUUGGCAGGAGAAAUGCGGGAAGCCUUCGUACGUAUUUGCUCAGGAAACCCAGAAAUCUUUGUCAAACAUCUGUCUGUUUUAACUGUGAACGGUUUCAACCCUGCUGUUGAUCCUUACAAUCAUUUUCUCAGACAUGCAGAUGUUUGCACUCUAAAUAUAUCGUUACAUUCUGGCGACCUUCUGGAUCCUUCCGAUGUGACUCCCGCACGUGUGCUUCCUUCUGUUCGUUCUUUUGCGAUUGAAAGUUUUCAGAAUCGUUUACGCCUUCCUGUUUCCUUCCGAAGUCUUUUCCCAUCACUUAUGGAAAUAUACGUCAACUCUCUUGAAAUCCCUCUGAAGGGUUUGGAGCAGGCGUUCGCGUAUGCUGCGGAAUGGCUAAGCAUGUAUACGGAUAAGAAACUGAACGGAGUGCUAAGCACGGAGGUGCAUUACGAGUAUGAUCCAGCAAGUUCAGAUAAAAUUCGUUGCCACUUGGAUGACAUUGAACGUUGUGGUGGAAAGUUACAGUUGCUGACAACUGAUACAUUUUGUCGAUGUGCUGCACAGUUUAUUGUAUCGAACGCAGACUGUUCGUUUCAGUUUAAAAUUCACUGUACUUCGGAUAUUUGGGUUUUAGCUGAUCUUCUUGAUUUUGAAUUUUCUUCUGUUCGGUCGGUUGCAUGA